CAUUUUGUUUGUAUCGUUGUACAUAUUCAUCGUGUGCGUGUUGUUACUUUCGACAUUGUCGAAUACCAACUAUCGCGCCUCCGUUAACAAAAAAAAAAGUACAAUACAUGGUCGAGCGAGGAAAAUGUUUCAUGAGUUCAGUUUCAAUAAACCGUCGAAAGUUGCUGGACGAACUCGAGCACCGCCGAGCACGAUCAAGUGAAAAACAAAGAAAUUACAAAACACAACUCUCACACUGUGAAGCACAGCACCGAAAAAUAAGCGUUUUAUUCGUUUUAAUCUCGUUUGCCAAACCACUUUAAAUUCGAUCAUCCGACACAAUAUAUUACAGCAAACAGCAAAAAAGAUCCAAACAACGCUGGUUCAAUUCAACACAAAGACAUUUCUGGAAUGUGCGAUCAAAAUGAAAAUCAUUAAAUCAACUGAUUUGCUUUCAAAAACAAUUUAGAGAAACCAAGCAAAAGUGUGUGAAAGAGAGUCGAUCAAAUCUUAUAAAAAACAAUAUUACAAUUGUGAAGACCAGUUUUAAUUUUUUGGUUUUGUUUUCAAAUUCAUUUUGUGUAAAAGUCGAUUGAUAUCAAUUUUUAAGUCUCGAAUAAGCCCGUCCGCCAUUCAAAAGGCAUUCAUCGCACAAAACGAGUAAAAUUGGAAUAUUGUUUGUGGGUGUGUUGUCAAAAAAAAAUUCAAAAUUUAUUCGCCAACGCCAUUUGACGCCGCUAAGGCGUUAAAGCUCGAAGAGGAUUUCAACGGUGGAUGCAUGACAAUGUCCAUGUAUCCAUCGCCUGACAAAAUGAAAAUGAGUACAAGUGGCUGCUUUCCCGGCCGAUACAGUCCGUCAUAUCGAGCACCCGAUCAAAUGCGACGAUGCAUGGGCAAUCCAUCGAAUCGUCUUUUAGAAGAUGCAUCGAUCAUGUGCAACACAUGGUCAUCACGAAAUGGCGACAUUUUCUCGGGAUUGAAUGAUGGAAUUUUAAGCAGAGCCGAAGCACUUGCAGAUAUAGGUAAACAUCAGAGUAGCCAUGCGCAAAUGUCAUCACAAUUAAAGCACGAUGUCAUGUAUCAUCACAGCAUGGGCGGACCACCACAACGACCGUUACAGAUGCAUCACACAAUGGACGGUCUUGAAAUGCUCGAUCCGGCCAGUUCAAUGACAACACUUACACCAAUGUCCGAAACACCGUCAAUCACAUCGCCGCACCAUCAAUUGCACGGAUCGUAUCAUGGUAUGAAUCACAUGAUGAGCCAUCAUCACGGUGGUCCGUUGGGUGGCCACGCGCCCGGUAUGAAUCAUUAUGGUCAUCAUGGACAUCCGAGCUCACAUCCCGCAAUGGCUGCCGCUGUCGCAGCAGCCGGCCUACAUCCAGACACCGACACCGAUCCUAGGGAAUUAGAGGCAUUUGCCGAACGUUUCAAACAAAGGCGAAUCAAAUUAGCAGGUGUCACACAAGCCGACGUAGGAAAAGCAUUAGCCAAUUUGAAACUCCCGGGUGUCGGAGCUUUAUCGCAAAGUACCAUUUGUAGGUUCGAAAGUUUAACAUUAUCCCAUAACAAUAUGAUUGCACUGAAACCGAUACUGCAAGCGUGGCUUGAGGAGGCCGAAGCACAAGCGAAAAAUAAGCGACGUGAUCCGGAUGCACCAAGUGUCUUACCUGCUGGAGAAAAGAAAAGCCUUUUCCAAAGACGCAGAACGUCGAUUGCUGCACCAGAGAAGCGCUCUCUCGAAGCCUACUUUGCCGUCCAACCUCGACCGUCUGGUGAAAAAAUUGCUGCAAUCGCCGAAAAGUUGGAUCUUAAAAAGAAUGUGGUACGCGUUUGGUUUUGUAAUCAACGUCAAAAACAAAAGCGAAUGAAAUUUGCCGCACAACACUGACCAACAAACUCUCAAAAUGGUAGCAACAAUAACAAUAGCAACAACAACAGUCAAAAUGUGGCAUCCGUUGCUGCGAUUGCACGACAACUCAGUAUCGGCAUGAAUCCAACGAUGUCAAACGGCGGCGGCAACAACCUCAACAACAACAUCAACACAAGCAACAGCAACAACAAUACCAACACGAACAUCAACUGCAACAUCGGUUCAAAUGCAAUUAACAGCUUGCUGAAUGUAAAUGGAACGCAUCUGAAUAACGGCCACAUAACAAACACUGGAUUUGGCUACGCAGUUUAAAUUUCUAUGUUUUUUCUCAACUUUUAUUUCGUAAAAAUCAAGAAGAAAAUAUUUGGACAAAAAAAGUAUCAACGAUUCGAUGGGAAAUCCGAAAAGCCAAGUUACGCCGUGCAUCUUCCGUUCAAUUCACAUCCUCGAAGUCCGGUCCGCCAAAACUCAGGUUGAUUGUAUGUUCAUUGAAAACUUCUUUUUUUUUCUCUUUUCGUUUUCAAUAGUCACAGAUCUCUACCAAAUAAGCAAAAGCACUCAAAGAUGCUCGAUAUGUGUGACUUUUCAUUUCGAAUUUUCCACCGAAGAGUCAUUCUACAAUGUGACAUUCUAUAUUUAUAGACACACAAAAAAGUUCGUCUAAGUAGAUUAAGAUUAUUUCAAUAGAUGGCGCUAUGUUCCGACGAACACUGUGUUGUAAGUCAUUUGUAAAUUUACACUGAAUUUUCGUAGUAAAUUUACAAAAUGUGUCAAAAUGAAAGUCACAAUAUCAUUUUGUAAAAAUACUACGAAAAGU